AGUGGGAGGAAUAGCGCCCCAUCAUUGGUGUUAGUGGGAGGAAUAGUGCCCCAUCAUUGGUAUCAGUGUGGGAGGAAUAGUGUCCCAACAUUAGUGUCAGUGGGAGGAAUAGUAUCCCAUCAUUGGUGUCAGUGGGGGGUUGGAGGAAUAGUGCCCCAUCGUUGGUGUCAGUGGGGGGGAGGAAAAGUGCCCCAUCGUUGGUGUCAGUGGGGGGGAGGAAUAGUAUCCCAUGAUUGGUGUCAGUGGGGGGUGGAAUAGUGCUCCAUGAUUGGUGUCAGUGGGGGGAGGAAUAGUGCCCAAUCUU